GUGAGUUUCUGCCAGAGUUCAGGCGGGUUGCUGGGACUGGGUGAGACGCACCGGCGGGGGGGAGGAGGAGGAGGAGGAGGAGGAGGAGGGGGGUUGCCCAAGGGCGUCAUUGAUGGGAGGCUGCGUGGGGACCCGACGGCGGCAACAGCAGCAGCAGCAGCAACAUCAUCGCUCGGGGAGACGGAGUGGCAAUGGUAGGAAAGCAGGUCGUAAUGAGCCUCUGAAAAAGGAGAGACCAAAAUGGAAGAGUGAUUAUCCCAUGACCGAUGGCCAGCUGAGGAGCAAGAGGGACGAAUUUUGGGAUACAGCACCUGCUUUCGAGGGUCGCAAAGAAAUCUGGGAUGCCCUUAAGGCAGCUGCCUAUGCCAUUGAAUGCAAUGAUCUCGAACUGGCCCAGGCUAUUGUAGACGGUGCCAGCAUCAUCUUGCCACAUGGUUCUUUAACAGAAUGUUACGAUGAGCUUGGCAACAGAUAUCAGCUUCCCGUUUACUGCCUGGCACCGCCUCUAAACCUCAUCACGGAGAAGUGCGACGAGGAGGCGACUGAUGUACCCGAUCCCCCGGCUCACACCAAGCGAGAGUUCCAGCUCAAGGUGCGCCUGUCCACUGGGAAGGACGUCAAACUGAAUACCAGCAUGGCGGACACGAUCGGGCAGCUAAAGCGGCAGCUGCACACAGAGGAAGGCAUUGAACCCUCUCAGCAGCGCUGGUUCUUCUCAGGAAGACUGCUCACUGACAAGAUGCGACUGCAGGAAACAAAAAUCCAGAAGGACUUUGUGGUACAGGUUAUAGUCAACGAGGUAGCUGCUAUUUAAUUAUUAGGUUAAAAAAAAUAAAUCCAUAUGCAAGAAACAUGACUAUAUUAUCUUGUACAAGAAGAACUUAAGGGCUCUGCACAUGGUGGACGUGAGGGGAAAGCUGGAGUUGGAGUGCAUUGGAAUAUGUACAGUGGUCUACUUUGGUUGCUUUGUUCAUCAGUUAGCUGCAGUGGAGGCCAAAAAUAGGAGUCGUAUUUAAUAUACCUUUUUACUCUGGCCAGCUGAUGAAUACUUUUGAUGUAAAUGAAGGUGAUUUCUCUUGCUCUCCUCUACCACUUUCCUCCUCUUCGUCUCCUUGCCGCCUUGUUUUUUCCCCGUCCCACCCCCACACUUCUUUCUUGCACCCCUAUCACUCAAGUUCCCACCCCGUCCCCUGCCCCUUUCCUGCUUUGACUUUUGCUCCACCCCUCUUACAAAAAAAAAGGGCAAUAAUUCUGGCUGAUUUGCCAUCCAUUUCACUGUGGUCCUUUUGAUCAGGGUACUUGCAGUGGAGACCUUUUAAAGGCUGCUCUGUAGUAGCAUAUUGAGGCUUUAUAGACAAAGUGUACUACAACUGUUUUAAAUUGGCUUUACUUGUGCAGUGGUUAAUCAAGUUUGUUUAUGCUGCAGGCAUGCAAGGGCCUAGCUAAGCACCAAAAAUUUCCUUGUUUCAUGCAUUAAUUACACCAAUCAGUUUCAAAUAGAACUGUGCUUCCAUUUUUCUUUAGAAGUACCAUACCGGUGCAAACUCAGCAAGAUUCAAGUUUUUUUUUUGUCUAAUAUGUUGAAAUAAUGUAACCAAACUACCACAGACUGAUUCCUAUUUGGGUGUGGAAACUGAAGCAUGCAAAGACCUCCGAGACAUGAACAUCCAAGCUUCCUAUCUCCACGUGCUCGCAUACCAACCUUUUAACCAAGGUUUCCUUUUCAAUCUGCAUACAAGCCUGCAGAUACUAAUGGAACUGUUGUUUGGGAUAAGUUGCAGGUCAGACCCCAGUCCUUUCUAAACCCCUGCACCUGCAAGGUUCAAAUGUGAGAAGCUAGUGGAUGAGUAAGAAAUGGAUUAUGGAGUUGCUUGUGCUUCAUGUCUAGGACUGCCGCCAACUGACUCUUGGGCUGUAACUGAAAUCUACCUUUUGUGCAUCGGACUGAAUGGAUGGAAGGUAGGGAGAGGAUCUGUUGAAGAGGUUUGGUGAUGCCAAUGAUCCAAAGAACCUGAUAAAGGAAUUCCCUCUUGUCCUUGUUGUUCCUUUUCCAUAGAACAGUACAGCAUAAUACAGGCCCUUCAGCCCACAAUGUUGUGCUGACCUUGAAAUCUCACCUAAGACUAUCUAACCUCUAGCUCCCCCAUAUCCCUCUAUUUUAUAUUCCUCUGUAUGCCUAUCUAGCAAUCUCUUGAAUUUGACCAAUGUACCUGCCUCCACCACCACCCCAGGCAGUGCAUUCCAUGCCCCAACCACUCUCUGGGUAAAAAAAAACCUCCCUCUGAUAUCUCCCUUGAACUUCCCACCCAUUACUUUAAAGCCAUGCCCUCUUGUAUUGAGCAUUGGUGCCCUGGGAAAGAGGCGCUGGCUGUCCACUAUCUAUUCCUUCGAUUUGUUCAGUCCUUAUUUUUCAAUCCUGAUGGCGUUUAAAACCAGAAACAUUAUGGUUUUAUUUUUUCCACGUGCUGACUGAUCAGUUGUGCAUUCUUGCCAUCUUCUGAGAGCUCCAAUUCUGGCAGAAUGGCUGUGUCUCUGGGCUUGCAUGGUGGCCUGCAGUGGUACAUUGUGGAAGACCUCACCACUGGCACUGAGGCUCAAUUUCCAGCCAACACCUGACCACCUGUCACAACUGGGAGAGCGGUGAGGAGUGCUGCAAUUAGCAUUGACCUUUCCAUUUGGGUCUUUGAGGGAAUCCUGCUGCAAAAUAUGUUUGUCAGUGUAAGAACCUGGCUCAACAGUACUGGCUGUCAGUCCAGGAUGUAAACGUGUUGACAACUCUAUCCAGACCCUUCUCUGAGCAGGCUUAUUUGUUCAAGGUACUUGAAGGUUGCUUGUCUUUACAAGUACCACAUCCUGUAUUUUUUCCCCCCAUCUUCAAAAGGAAAUAACUUGGGGGGGGGGGGGGGGGGGGGGGGGGUGGAGAGAGAGAAAAUCUUGCCUAUCCACACGGGAAAGAGGUGUCCAUUUCCAAAAACAAUGCCAGAACUCAUCAGGUUUAUUUUGUUUUGAAGUUCCAACAUGUGCAGUUCUUAUUGCAAUUACUUUUCCUUUCAACAUUCUCAUCCUGGUUUUAAGAUCAAUCUUGAUGAAUUUCAUCUUUUUGAAGUCUUUGCUUAUUACAAGCAUGCUCCUGUCUGGCACCUGGCUCCUUCCUUGAGAUAGUUGAAGUCCCAAGUUUCUCAACUUCACAUUCCCUGAGGUCAGCUCUCAGAAGUUUGCUGAUCCACUUCACACAUUGGAUUGUCUUGCUGACAGUACACCGGUAAAUCUGACCUACUUGUAUAGCUAAUAAUAAAAAAAAAACUGGUAUGAACUUUAAAUUUCCCAAUUUCAAGUAACCCGCCCUUAAUAUUUUUCCACCCCUCCCCUCCUGUUCCAGUCCACCUGCAGUCUUCCCCAUUUUGUUCCCUUUCCCCAUACAGCCCCCCGUUAUCUAUUUGCAUACCCCCUUCCCUUCCAGGUUCCAUCCACCUCCCUACACAUUUUACCCACUGGAUUUAAUUCUUCCCAUCCCCCCCCCCCCCCCCCCCCCCAAUCUAGAUCCAUUUGCCCCUCAGCUCUCCCCUAAUGAUUCCCAUUAUCACAUUCCUUAUUGAUCAGAUUCCAGCAGUGGCACCCUCGUGUUCCAGCUCAUCACCCUCCAGCCUCUGUCUCCACCCUAACCUUCCCCCCCCCCCCCAACCUGGUGCCAUUUUUUUUAAACCUGCCUCCAUUUAUCACCCACCUGCCUCUGUUUGCCAACACCACCUCUAUCCCUCUUCUACCUGGCUCCUUCUGUCCAUCAUCCUUCACCCCCUUCUUGAUCCACCAACCACCUACUGGCAUCUCUCACCCCUCCCCCUUCUCUUUUUACGCCGGCUAUCUUCCCCCUCCGCACUCAGUCCUGAUGCAGGAUUUCAACCCAAGAUGUCAGCAAUUCCUUUCUCUCCCUCCCCACAGAUGCUGCUCAACCUGCUGAGAUCCUCCAGCAGAUUGUAUGUUGCUCCAGAUUCCAGUGUCUGCAGUCUCUUGUGUCUCUGUCUUAAUUAAAACAAAAAUUCUGCAGGCACUGCAAAUUUGAAACAAACAGAAGUUGACCACUUCAGCAGGUCGAAGUGUCUGUGGGGAUUAGAUUGAAGGUGAAACAUUAGUUCUGUCAUCAAAGCAAAUUCAAAAUGUGCAGAAAUCUAAAUGAUUACAAUAAAUUGGAAACAGUAGCCCCAAAACUGUGUCUCGGGCCACACCAGUUUCUCUCCCCUUUCUGUCAUAAAUUUAAUGUAUAUAUUUGUGCAUUAUACUUAAUAUUUUGUGUUGAUUAAAAAUGUGUAUUGGGUCACUUCCAGGUCACAUGCUACCCACUACUAACAUGGGUGUGAGGAAUGGUCUAGUGCAUUCUGAGAAAUGACACCAGGUUGAUUUUAACCCCUCUAUUCCCAACAUUUUGCCCACUUCCUCGUAUAUCUGCAGAUUGAACACACAGUGAUUAUAGUAUAUCAAAGCAAAUAUUCUAGCAGCUGUCCAACAACUGCUGGGACCAGCUCCUGAAUUAAUGCACUUAACCAGAGGUUAUCUUGCAGACUUGGUCAUAGUUUGAGAGAACGUUGCUUCACUGCCAGACAUUAAUUAUAUAUCUCCCCCCACACCCCCCCCCCCACACCCCCAAAUCUGACAUGGUAAAGGGUAUCCAGUUAUGACUCAACUGAGCACAUCUGCCUUUUUAGGUGAAGGGAACAGAAGCAAAAACUCUUUCUAUUUAAUCUAAAUGAGAUCCUACAACUCAAGAUUCCUCAGAGACAGAGGGAGAGGCUUGGGCAGUCUAAAAGUUCAAUGCUGAAUCCUGGAGCAGUGAAAUGCCAUUGUACACCACCCCAAACAAAAUAUGGCAACUGUUAUAAAAAUUGCAUUUAAUUCUGUUAAAGACUGGUGGAGCAUCUCCCAGUGACUUGUGCUGUUUACACAAUACAGAAUUCUGCAUUUCGGUCUUCUGUGAGUCUGAUUAUGUGAUGUGUGUAAAAUAUUGGAUGACGUUUGUGUAUAUUUAGCUUCUUGGAGCAGAAUUGUUUUCAGAAUACAAGUUUAUUUUUCCUCCUAAUCAAAGUAAUUCUAUAUCUGUACAAGCUCUUUAUAAUAUGUACAUUUAUAAAAUGGUUACAGUGA